AUGAGUGAAAAUAAAGAUACCGGAGUAGAUAAAGAUGCAAAAUCGGCUUCAGAAAAACCUAAAUUAGGUUUGAUGAGUGGUAUCGCAUUAUUAGUUGGAUCAAUAAUUGGAUCAGGAAUUUUUAUUUCACCACGUGGUGUUCUUCUUGGCACUGGUUCCUAUGGUUUAUCAGUUCUUGUAUGGAUUCUUUGUGGAUUAAUUUGUCUUCCAGGUUGUUUAUGUUAUGCUGAACUAAGCACAAUGAUUUAUAGUUCUGGUGGAGAUUAUACAUAUAUUAAAAUGGCUUUUGGUAACUGGGCUGGAUUUUUACGAGUAUGGAGUGAAAUAUGUUGUGUACGUCCAGCGACAAUUGCUGUAUGUGGUAUAACAGCAUCAAUCUAUAUACUUCAACCAAUAUUUAGUCCAUGUCAACCACCACAUAUGGCUGUAAUUCUUCUUGCUUGUUUCUUUAUUAUGGUAUUAACACUUCUGAAUUUAUUAUCUACACGUGGUUCAAUUAUGUGGCAAAACAUAGCAUUCUAUGCGAAAAUUUUAUCAUUACUUCUUCUUAUUAGUCUUGGAAUAUAUCAAUUAAUACGAGGACAUUAUGAUGUAUUUACAGCACCAUUUGAAAAUACUGAAACAAGUAUUAAAAAAUUUUCUAUUGCAAUGUAUAUUGGAUUAUUUCCUUAUACGGGUUGGAAUUAUUUAUCAAAUGCAGUUGAAGAAUUAAAAAAACCAGAAAAAAAUUUUCCAAUUGCAAUUUUAACUUCAAUUAUUGCAAGUACAAUACUUUAUGCACUUGCCUAUAGUGCCUAUUUCACAGCAUUAACACCACAUGAUGUAAUGACAUCCGAUGCUGUUGCUGUAACAUUUGCACAAAAUGUUUAUCGACCACUUGGAUUUAUUGUUCCUUUGUGUGUAUCAAUUUCAGCACUAGGUGGCCUUAAUGGACAAAUUUUCUCAAUUGUUCGAAUGUUUUCUGUUGCUGGACGUGACGGUCUUUUACCAUCAAUAUCUGCUUUUGUUCAUAUAAAACGUUUGACACCUGUCGUUCCAUGCAUUAUUGAAGGAACACUUAGUAUUUUAUUUGUACUUGUUGGCAGUGCAGAACGUCUUCUUGGUUAUUUAAGUUUCAGUACGUGGCUUGUUUGUUUAUUUAGUGCAAUAAGUUUACUUAUCUUUCGCCGUACAAUGCCUGAUACUCCUCGUCCGUUUCAUGCUGGUCUUAUUGCUCCAAUUGUAUUCAUUACUGCAAUGAGUGUUCUAACACUUGCUAAUAUAAUUUAUAAUACAUUAGAUAUUAUAGUUGGUCUAUUUAUUCUUCUUUCUGGUUUACCUGUCUAUUGGGUAUUUGUUCUUAAACGAUCACCAUCAAUUGACAAAUUUAGUCGAUCAAUUAGCAUAUAUUUGCAAAAAUUAUUACUUAUUGUUCCAGAAAAUAAUAAACAACAAAACUAA